UCUUGCUGCGAGUAUUUUCGAGUGACCGCGUAAUCGCGCUUGUAUUGUGUUAUGUUUAUCUUGUCUACCCGAGUGAACAUGACUCGGCGCAGUUUUCUGAUUCUAGGACAGAGAAGGAGGUGAUUGGUUACUCUGGACAUUCGUUGACUUUAUUCACAGUGACACCCGGUGUGACAAGUGACAGCAACCUGAUUUACUCAGGUCACUCAGGUUACAGCGGACACAAUGGUAGAUUCUCAUGCAAGAGGUGGCUCAGGUGACGGAUAUGCAACGGAACCUUGCGUGAAGUUCCCACUGCGGAGAGUAAAGCUUGCAGUUCACCGGAUCACUAAAGUAGCGAUUCCACACCACCUCGACAUUCUUUCGAAGCAGCGAAGUAUCAUCGAAAAGUGUCAGAAACUGAAUCAGUGGGACAAACUACAUGAUGAACAAAUCAAAGCAUCCCUUACUGUUCAGCAGCUUAAAGCUGUACUGUAUGAGCUGGAAACACUAAGUAAUCAGGUAGACCCGAAUGACCUACAGCAGUUUGAACGCUUAGUACGACCAGCUUCAGAGGCAACUCUUGAGGAGGUGCGCUCAUUUACAGAAGUAUGUUUGCCUGCUAGUCCUGCGGUUGACUUCUUUGGUCAGCCUGAAAUAUCCUCACGUGGAGUCAUACCUGCAAAUGUUCCUGAAGUUGACAUGCCUUCACUAGACGACGCUUCAAUAGGACAGCAGAAACUUUACAUUGAACAUAUUCCCGACAACACAGCUGCUUCUAAGUCAUGGAAUUCAUUGAAGAGGGAUCUACAUGAUCUUCAUGAUUUGGUGAGCAGCUUCAGCAACCUCGUUUAUGCCCAGAGAGAGAAAGUUGAGACGAUAGAGGACAAUGUGACACAGGCUGAUGAACAAGUCGAACAUGCUGUUACACACCUGGCACGAGCAGCUAAGCUGCGCAGAGCUCUCCUGCCAGUAACAGGGGCUUUGGUGGGUCUGACCUUGGGGGGUCCCGUGGGCCUCGUUAUAGGCACCAAGAUGGCCCUUGGAUGUGCACUCGGUGCUGGAUUGCUAGGUUACACUGGUGGUAAAGCUCUUCAGCGCAGGGCAGCGCAAGACAAAGUGCCCGUAGUGAAAGACAUGGAGUUGAAAGAAAUAUCAAAACGGCAUUCAAGAGAAACUGAAGUCGCCUUGGCCUCUUUUGACAAACCUGUUAUUUUGUAAUACAGAGCCUCAGAAAUAAAAUUGUUUCGCUUUUA